CAAAACUAGUAAACGAAUUUGGGAACAAAGCUAUAAACUGCUUAAAAACAAUGAAAUAGAGAAUCCUCCAACCUUAGUAAAAGAAAUAAUUAAUGCAAAUAACAUCCAAAAUGCCAAAAAAUGCAAAGCAGCACUGUGGAUCCAUAUUCAUGCAAUUUAUAAAAUUUGGCAUUGGUUUACUCAAGCAAAAUGGGGCAAUAAUCUAAUAUCAGACAAUAUAAUUAGCAAUAUAACAAAUAGUAGACUUAGAAAAGAAAUUAAAGUACUUAACACUUUACAACGAAGAGAAUCCAAAAAAGGAUCUGCUUCGAAAAAAGAAAUUUUAGACUUUAUUAAUCUAAAUAAUAGCUAUAU